GAAACGGAAGUGAACCCCUCCUGUGUUUCCGGGCAACCGGCAGGCCUCUCGUCCUCGUGUCUAGGUGACGGCCUGGAGCGUUUUCCUUUUCUUUCUGUGGCGGUUCUCUGUCGACCAUGGCGGUCCGGGCCAGCUUCGAGAAUAACAACGAGAUCGGCUGCUUCGCCAAGCUCACCAAUGCCUACUGCCUAGUUGCCAUCGGGGGCUCCGAGGGCUUCUACAGUGUGUUUGAGGGGGAGCUUUCUGAUACUAUACCUGUAGUCCAUGCUUCUAUUGCUGGCUGUCGGAUAAUUGGCAGAAUGUGUGUGGGAAACAGGCAUGGGCUGUUAGUCCCAAACAAUACCACAGACCAGGAGCUUCAGCAUAUCCGAAACUGUCUUCCAGAUUCUGUGCGAAUUCAGAGAGUGGAAGAGCGCCUCUCAGCCCUGGGCAAUGUCAUGACAUGCAAUGACUAUGUAGCACUUGUUCAUCCAGACAUUGACAGAGAGACGGAGGAAAUUUUAGCUGAUGUACUAAAAGUAGAAGUAUUCAGACAGACUGUAGCAGAUCAAGUGCUAGUGGGAAGUUAUUGUGCAUUCAGUAAUCAAGGAGGAUUGGUGCAUCCGAAGACUUCUAUUGAAGACCAAGAUGAGCUCUCCUCAUUGCUACAAGUCCCACUUGUGGCUGGGACUGUUAAUCGUGGCAGUGAGGUGAUUGCAGCUGGAAUGGUUGUGAAUGACUGGUGUGCCUUUUGUGGUCUGGACACAACUAGUACUGAGUUAUCAGUUAUUGAGAGUGUCUUUAAGCUCAACGAAGCACAGCCAAGUGCUAUUGCCACUAACAUGAGGGAAUCUUUGAUUGACAGCUUGACAUGAUGUGAUUGCUGGAAGCUCUGAAGGAGUGAAAUGCCCAAUUAUGAUCUUGACAGCUCACGCAAUUAACUACUCUUACUCCUGCAGACCCGGAACAGAGGGCUGAACAACAGUUUCAAAACUGUACACUUGUUUUAUAAAGUCUCUCUCACAAACAGAACUGAAUGAGAAAUCUUGUAUCCCUUUUGCUGCUUUUGUUACUUUUUUCUGUGAAUGAUGUUCUGUUGUUUUCAUUAUUUGUGAGAUGAUAAAUCUUUACAGCUCUUGAGAGUACACUGAAAGGGCAGUUGUCAUUACUAUAGUACAUGCAGUAAUGAUUUCAACAAAAGGACAGUCUAUCUCCUGCACUUCCCAGCAUGCUGCCUGAAUAGCCAUCCUUUAAAAAGCUCAAACUGAAACAAAAGAUACCAUUCCCAUCAAAGGAGUUUCCACCUACUCAGCUUACCAGAUUAACAUAGGGAGACUCUGUGGCAUAACUUAUUGUCUUGCAUUCAUUCUUCAAAGGAGUGCGGAAUUCUAGUGAAGGUAGGAAAUUGUACAAAAGCAGUUGUAACAGCAAGUGUGCUGAAUAACAGUGGCCUUUAUACUGUGGCCCUAGAGGCAGUAUUAAGGGUUUUGUUCCAUCUAAAGUGUAUAAGCCAUAAGAAGCUGUGGGAUGUUAUAAAAGCUGUACAAUGAUAAAACCUGUUCCUUGAGCUGGAUAAUUCUGUUAUCAGAUGCAUGCAGAUGUGUUCUGUUACAUCAUUCUGCUACCUGUAUCUUAAGUACCAAAUCUUCUGAGAAUUGUUCUGUUUCUGGUAUUGCACAGGGCUAAAAGGAAUCCUUGAAACUAGAUUAUCUUUUUCUCGAUUGAACACUAAAGGCAAUUCAAUGCUCUGAUGAACCUUAAAGUCAGAAAAUGCUAUGAUCAUUGAAGCUGGAUUUUUGAAUGUGGGGCAGAGCUGUAUCAAACUUAGGAUGUGGUAAUUUUUAAUGCUUGCUGUAAACACCCCCAUUUCCAUUUUAUAGCUUUCUCUAUUAACAAUGCACAUUAGUUACCAGCUAAGGCUUCAGUACCUAGAUAUUACAUACCCCCUUUUCCUCUGCCCCUCAAUUACUGCUACUAGUGGGGAGGAGUUUAGCAGCAGGUGGUAUUUCCUUUCAGUUUUCCUUGGUAACAAAAUACAAAAGGCAGGUAUCAAAAAUAACUCAGUUGUUAUGUAGUUCUAAUUCUGAAGUUAUUCUAGGUUCUGACUUAGGACCAGAUCAGGUAUCUACAAGCUUCCCCCAAAAGAGACUAAUUUAGCCAUCUGCAAUGGCGUGAGCUAUACUGCUAAAAGUAAUGUCUGGUAUUCUCAGUACCUGGCUGCAGAUACCGCUUCCAGCUAAUACAGUGGCAUGUUAAUCAGCCACUGCAUUCACAAAGUCACGGUUGUGUGUUGAGUCUUCUGCACAGUUAUAACCUAGGGAUAGUUUGGUGGCUCAGCAAACAGCAAAUUGAAAAUAUUUGAACGAUCAAUAACUUGGAAGGUUGAACAGAUUAUACCAAGCAGAAUAUUUAAAUCUGGGAGAGCAAGGGAAUUAUGUAAUGCAUUACAGAAAGAUUUUAAAAAGCAUCUCUUAAUUUUUGGGGGAGAGGGAGAAAUGUUUAGCAUACCCAAGCUGUGUAGAAAGUAGAAAUGCGAGUGGGUGAUAAAGGAAAAUAAGCUUUCACGCUGCAUUUAUAUUCUAACAGUGAAUAAAUGAAUAAAUCAUU